UUCCCGCCUCUGUCUCCACUGUCUUCACUGAGUCCACAGACUCCAUCCAAGAACCGAAAAGACCUGGGUGAUUUUCUCGUUCUGACUGGUUGGUUUACCCGUUGCUUUCUUACUCUUUUCCAAUACCGCCCACCGGAUUAUUGGUCCUCCUCCCAUCAUCCCAUCAUGACGGAUCGUGUCACGUCGCCAGGCCUCCUCUCGGAUGACGCACCUACCCCGGCUUCCAGUGUGUCGGCCACGCCCGCUGGCGGCCGACGUGGAGCACGGCCUGCGCGGAGUGGACGCCAUGAGAUGGCCUUGGAUCCGGCCACGUCCUCACCCGGACGCGAUUUACCGCCGUUCGAAGAUGAAGGCGACCUGUUGGGCGGCGGCGGCGGCGGGCAUCUAGCCUCGGUCGAUCCGGAGGAUGAAGAGGCGGCCGAUGGCGAAGAGCUCUUCGGGGAAAACAUGGAGCGUGACUACCGACCCAUGCCCGGAUUGGAUCGAUACGACGCCAAUCUCAUGGACGAUGACUCGGAUCUAGAUGCCCUGUCUGAGGGCGAGCGUGUGGCGGCCGAGGCCGAGAUGCGCCGACGUGAUCGAGCCCAAGGCCGCUUUCCCGGACGAAUGCGCCGGGGGCUCAUUUACGGCGAUAGUGACGACGAAGACGAGGACGAACCGCGGGCCCGUCGCCGCCGAUUAGCCGAGCGUGCGGCCGAAGGGGGCCACGACGAUGAAGCCAUGGAGGCCGAUGAGGCGGGUGGUGUGGAAUCCAUCGAGAACUUGGAGGAUACGCGAGGUCGUCCAGUGCGGGAAUAUGUGACCCAAAUUGGGCCUCGCACUGAGUGCGCCAAUCGGUUUAAAAACUUCUUGAAGACCUACGUCGAUGCUAAAGGUCACAAUUUGUACAAAGAAAAGAUUCGUCACAUGUGCGAAGUCAAUCGAUCGAGCUUCGAAGUCGAUUACAACAUACUGGCUUCGGAAUGUUCGGUUUUGGCUUAUUUUUUGCCCGAGGCGCCCACCGAAGUUUUGCGCAUUUUUGAUGAAGCCGCCAAAAGUGUGGUCAUGUCCAUGUUUCCGCACUACCAUCGCAUUGCCAAGGAAAUCCAUGUUCGCAUCUCAGACUUGCCUCUGGUGGAAGAACUUCGAUCGCUGCGACAACUCCAUCUGAAUCAAUUGAUCCGCACCAGCGGUGUGGUGACCUCAUCCACUGGCGUUUUGCCGCAAUUGUCGGUCAUCAAAUAUGACUGCAACAAGUGUAGCUACGUUUUGGGACCGUUUGUCCAAAAUCAGAACCAAGAGACCAAACCCGGUACUUGCCCUGAGUGCCAGAGUCAAGGACCGUUUGAGAUUAACAUGGUCGAAACCUUGUACAAAAACUAUCAACGAAUCACCAUUCAAGAAUCACCAGGUCGGGUGGCUCCGGGCCGAUUGCCCAGGUCCAAGGAUGCUUUACUCUUGGGGGAUUUGUGCGACGUGUGCAAACCUGGCGAUGAAAUCGAGCUCACUGGAGUUUACACCAACAGUUACGAUGGCUCCUUGAAUACAAAGCAAGGUUUUCCCGUGUUUGCCACCGUCGUCAUGGCCAAUCAUAUUCUGGUCAAAGACGAGCGCAAUGCCGCCAACUCCCUGACCGAUGACGAUAUCAAAGCCAUCGUGGCCUUAAGCAAAGAUGAACGGAUUGGUGAGCGGAUCAUUGCUUCUAUUGGUCCGUCUGUCUACGGCCAUGAAGAUAUUAAGCGCGGCAUUGCCUUGGCUCUCUUUGGAGGACAGGCUAAGGAUAAAUCCGACAAGCACCGCGUCAGAGGCGACUUGAACAUUCUACUCUGUGGUGACCCCGGAACGGCGAAAUCUCAGUUCCUGAAGUACACUGAGAAAAUUGCUCCCCGCGCCAUCUUCACUACCGGACAAGGCGCUAGUGCAGUCGGGUUGACAGCCUACGUUCAACGGUCGCCUGUUACUAAAGAGUGGACCCUGGAAGCGGGAGCUCUAGUGUUGGCUGACCAAGGCGUUUGUCUUAUCGACGAGUUUGACAAGAUGAAUGAUCAAGACCGGACCUCUAUCCACGAGGCCAUGGAACAACAGACCAUUUCUAUCUCUAAGGCCGGUAUCGUGACCUCACUGAAGGCACGAUGCUCGGUGAUUGCCGCGUCCAAUCCGAUCGGCGGGCGAUACGACCCGAGCAUGACAUUUGCAGAAAACGUCGACUUGACCGAACCCAUUUUGUCUCGUUUCGACAUCUUGUGUGUAGUCCGAGACACGGUCGACCCCAUCAUUGAUGAACAUUUGGCCAAAUUUGUGGUGGGCUCCCACAUGCGCAACCAUCCCAUGGCUGAACAAGAGGACCACGAUAAUAUGGAGCGCUUGGAGCAGUCGUUGGCCAGUGCCACCAAUCUGGCGGGUGUGGAGAAGAUUCCACAAGAUUUGCUCAAGAAGUAUAUCCUCUACGCGCGGGAACGUGUUCAUCCUAAACUCCAUCAAAUGGACCAAGACAAGGUAGCUAAGAUGUAUAGCGACCUUCGACGCGAGUCCAUGGCUACUGGCAGUAUUCCUAUCACGGUGAGGCAUAUCGAGAGCAUGAUUCGUAUCGCCGAAGCCAACGCCAAAAUGCAUCUCAGAGAAUUCGUCCAUGAGGACGAUGUAAACAUGGCCAUCCGCGUGAUGCUGGAAUCCUUCAUCGAUACCCAGAAGUAUUCUGUGAUGAAGUCGAUGAAGAGAAACUUUGCCCGUUAUUUGACUUUUAAGCGGGACAACAACGAGCUCCUCUUGUUCAUUUUACGUCAAUUAACCCAAGAAACCGCCAUGUAUAUGAGAAAUCGCUAUGGAACCGAGCAAGACGUCGUGGAAGUGUCUGAAGGUGACCUUUUGGAUAAGGCCCGCCAUUUGAAAAUCCAAAACUUGCAGUCAUUUUUCCAAAGCGAUAUCUUCCAAGCCAACAAUUUUAGUUACGACUCGAAGCGAAAACUGAUCGUUCAACAGAUGUAAAAGCUCCUUGGACAGAAAUCUUUGAUGUAUACGGUAAAACCUUAAUAAUAUACAAGCAGCUUCACGAUGAAUAGACGAAGUAUGAAAAAACAUGUGUGUUAGCAAAGCACCCACCGCCGGUUGAAUUUGAACGGAACAUUCCACGAGUCUGUUCCAAUAGAUGUUGUACUGUCUCA